AUGCCAUCUCCUGGGUUAUUGGUAUCUUCCACUAAAAGAAUUAACCCUUCAAGGUUACAAUGUUUAUCAUCAAUCAUAGGCAAGGCUAGUUUAUCCACCCAAGCAAGCUCUUCAGGACCAUUAUCAAUCACAUUAAACAGAUCCAGCCCAACAAGAAGAAGAAUAACAUACUCAAAGAGAUGUAUUUCUACUAAUGGAGUCGGUUCUGCAGGUACAAGAUCCACUGUUAUCCAACUAUUAAAUAACAUUAGUACCAAAAGAGAAGUGGAACAAUAUUUGAAAUAUUUUACAUCUGUCUCACAACAACAAUUCGCUGUUAUUAAAGUCGGUGGCGCUAUCAUAUCAGACAACUUACAAGAAUUAGCAUCAUGUCUUGCAUUCCUUUACCAUGUUGGUCUAUAUCCAAUCGUACUUCAUGGUACAGGCCCUCAAGUUAAUGGAAGAUUGGAAGCUCAAGGUAUUGAACCUGAUUACAUUGACGGUAUUAGAAUCACUGAUGAACAUACUAUGGCUGUCGUGAGAAAAUGUUUCCUUGAACAAAAUCUGAAAUUGGUUACUGCCUUGGAAAAGUUAGGUGUUCGUGCAAGACCAAUCACUUCUGGUGUCUUCACUGCUGAAUAUCUUGACAAGGAUAAAUAUAAAUUGGUGGGUGAUAUUACUGGUGUCACAAAGGACCCUAUUGAAGCUUCUAUUAAAGUAGGUGCCUUGCCAAUUUUGACUUCCUUAGCGGAAACUCCAUCGGGUCAAAUGUUAAAUGUUAAUGCCGAUGUUGCUGCUGGUGAAUUAGCUAGAGUGUUUGAACCUCUGAAAAUUGUUUACUUGAAUGAGAAGGGUGGGAUUAUCAACGGUGAAACGAAGGAAAAAGUUUCAAUGAUUAAUUUGGAUGAAGAAUAUGAUGAUUUAAUGAAACAAAGUUGGGUUAAAUAUGGUACCAAAUUAAAGAUUAAAGAAAUCAAAGAAUUAUUGGAUUACUUACCACGCUCUUCUUCCGUAGCUAUCAUUAACGUUCAAGAUUUACAAAAGGAAUUGUUUACUGAUUCAGGUGCAGGUACUAUGAUCAGAAGAGGUUAUAAGUUACUUAAAAGAUCUUCAUUAAGUGAUUUCCCAUCAACUGAUUCAUUAAGAGUAGUCUUGGAAAGAGAUUCAGAUAUCGCUUCAGGUAAACAAACUGUGGCAUCAUAUUUGAAGCAAUUGGAAACUUGUAAUUUUGUCUCUUACGCAGAUGAACCAAUGGAAGCAUUUGCCGUCGUAAAGAAAACAAAGAAUGGUUCGUCAAAUGAUAAAGUUGCUAAAUUAGAUAAAUUUUUAUGUUCUGAUUCCGCUUGGUUGAACAACGUUACCGAUAACGUUUUCAGUGCUAUUAAUCGCGAUUUCCCUGCUUUACAAUGGACUGUCCAUGAAAAUGAUCCAAACAUUGCUUGGCACUUUGAUAAAUCCGAAGGUUCUUAUUUGAAAAAUGGUAAAGUUUUAUUCUGGUACGGUGUUGAAGACUUGAACACAGUUUCUGAAUUAGUUGGUGACUUUGUUAAGGCUUCUUCUUUGAGUUCAUCUUCUUCAUCGUCUAGUGGUGCCUUCUCUUCAACUGGUAAACCUUCUUCAAGAUCUUAUUCCACUCGAUCUACUCCAAAACCACAAGGUACUAAUAAAUCAGUUGGUCGUGUUGCCUUAAUCGGUGCCAGAGGUUAUACUGGUAGAAAUUUAGUUGACUUAAUCAAUAACCAUCCAUAUUUAGAAGUAGCUCAUGUUUCAUCUCGUGAAUUAGCCGGUCAAAAAUUACCAGGUUACACAAAAUCUGAAAUUAUUUACGAAAACCUAACUACUGAAGACUUGAUAAGAUUGGAAUCUAAAGGCGAUGUUGAUGUUUGGAUUAUGGCUUUACCAAACAAUGUCUCUGAACCAAUGGUUCAAGCUAUUGCAAGUGUUAAAAACGGGAAAUCUAAAAUUGUUGACUUAUCUGCUGAUCAUAGAUUUGUUCCAGAAACUGAAUGGGCUUACGGUUUACCCGAAUUAAAUGACAGAGAAAGAAUUUCAAACUCUAGAAUGAUUGCUAAUCCUGGUUGUUAUGCUACUGGAUCUCAAAUGACGAUUGCUCCAAUGCUUGAUCAUAUUGAUGGAUUACCAACUGUCUUUGGUGUUUCUGGAUAUUCAGGUGCUGGUGCUAAACCAUCCCCAAAGAAUGAUCCAAAAUUCUUAAGUGAUAAUUUGAUCCCAUAUGCUUUAACAAACCAUAUUCAUGAACGUGAAAUCUCUUAUAGAAUGGGCCACGAUGUUGCUUUCAUUCCACAUGUUGGCCAAUGGUUCCAAGGUAUUUCUUUAACUAUUUCCAUUCCAAUUAAGAAAGGUUCUUUAUCAUCCAAUGAUGUAGCAAAUAUCUAUAAGAAAUUUUAUGCAGAUGAAAAACUUGUACAUGUUAUUGAUGAUAUUCCAUUAGUCAAAGAUAUUAAGGGUACUCACGGUGUUGUCAUUGGUGGGUUUAAAGUCAAUGAUGCUCAGGACCGUGUUGUUGUUUGUGCUACAAUUGAUAACUUGUUGAAAGGUGCUGCCACUCAAUGUCUACAAAAUAUCAAUUUGAUAUUAGGAUACGGUGAAUAUGAAGGGAUUCCAAACGACAAGAUAAUCAACUAA